UCCGGUUCUUAUUUUGUUCCGAUUCGUCAGAGUUCCUCCCUCCCUCCCUGUUCGUGAGAGUUUAGAGACUUUUAAAAUGAUGGGGACCCUCGGUGUAACCGAGUCGGGUCCUCCUUGAAGUUCAGAAGAGUGUUCAGAAUGCUUAACAUUUUCUGUGUCGGCUGUAUACUUUUAACGGCAAUGGAGUUUUGCAUCAAAACCACCUGGGACAGCUUACCCGUGGAUCAUAAACCGGUGAAAAUACGGUUUUCACCAGGUGAGGAUGGCUUGAUAAUGCAGGUAACUGCUCCUUUCUUCAAUGACCCCCCAGCACCAGCUGGACCCCCUGGACAACCAUUUCCUGGUCUCUGGGAUUAUGAAGUGGUUGAAUCCUUCUUCCUGAACAGCAACACUGAGCAGUAUCUGGAGGUCGAACUUUGCCCACAUGGACAACACCUUGUUCUGCUGCUGAAUGGAAAGCAUAACGCUUUUAUGCAACAGCUUCCUCUUUCAUUCAUGGCCAGUAUAGAGGACAAGACAUGGAAGGGAGAAGCCCUGUUGCCUUGGAGGUAUUUCCCUCCGGGUGUUAACAAGAUGAACUCCUACGCUAUCCAUGGUUCUGGUGCUGGAAGGACGUACGAGGCCCUUUAUCCUGUGCCAAGAGAAGACCUUCAGGAAGGACAGGGACCAGAUUUCCAUCGUCUUGAGUAUUUCCAGAACUUCAAGUUGCAAAGCAUCAUGGGAGAAGGCUGGGUCCAGCCAGAGUCCGAUUUGUGGAAAAAUGCAAACCAAUAUGUGCGAAAAAGCACAAAUUAAUUCAAACCUGGUUCAUAAUCGGCUUUUUUGAAAUCUUUUUAACACCGUAAUGACUUGUAAUUUGCUUUCAUGGCUAUGUAGGAGCACAAAGUCCACAGCAGCCUAAUCAGAGUUAAUGAUGUGGCUUGUUUUAAUGUGGGUAUAAUGGCAUUAUAAUGGGUUUUAUUAUCACAAUUAAAUAAAUCUUGAAUCAGUAAUGCAGCACUAAUCUCAGCUCCAAGUAGUACGUCAAGCACCAAAUAUCUCUGCAUCGAUGGGCAACAAAUGGAAACUUAAUUUUUACUGAAAUAAAAUGAUCCAUUUAAAUAUGGAGAUGUAAAUGGGUUCCAGGCACAUUAAGUAAAAUAAACAAAAAAAAUGUAAACGUAUAAUCAGACAUUUCCCCAAGCCUUCCAAGUGAUUUCUUAAUUCCUUAAAGUUUAUUGAAUGUGUAAAUGAGACAUGUAAUAUAUUAAUACAGUACUCGGCAACUACAAAUAAUUGUCAUUUAUUCCAACCAAAAUGUGUAAUAAACAG